GCCGCAAACGUCAAACGAAGUUUAUGUUUACGUGCUGCGAUUCCUAAUAAUUUUACUCUUUUCGUCGAUAACGGACAACGAAUAGUACAGCUUCCAGAUAAGAUGACCACAUCAGCGACACCGGUAAAUGCCGUCGAUUUGCUACAGCAGGCGCUUCAGUCCAACAUAAUUCCCAAUCAAGAGUUUCUCCUGCAAGGAUCGAUCCUGGAUUCAGCAGCCGAGCAUUUGUUGCAUAGAUUGAGAGGGCUGUGUGAUAAUGUGGACACAGGGCCAGAAACGUUUACAGACUAUGAGAUGUGUCUCAGCAUGAAAAUUCCUAAUGAUAAGACCCCCGUCAUGACACUUCGAGUCCGCAAGGCCCAGGACGUGGACGCACCAUACCAACUGCGCUACAUUGGCCAACCAGAACUCGGAGACCGAACACGGCCAACUCUGGUGCGUAGCAGUCUAGACAUUGCUUGCACAGCACAUGUGGUGGAUUUCCUUACCGAAAUGGGCUUCCGGGUGGAUUUUGAAUAUAUCACCAAAGGCUACAUGUUCCGCAAGGGUCGAAUGAAGGUGACCGUUUCGAAGAUCUUCAAGGUGAACAGCUCGGAACCGAUUUCCCAGAGCUAUUUGGUGGAACUCUCGGUGCUGGCGCCCACCGGACAGGAUCUGAUCGCCGAAGACAUGAGAAUAUUUGCCGAGCAGCUCAAACCGUUGGUGCAGUUGGAAAAAAUCGACUACAAACGAUUUGCCCAAAUGCCCUGAAUUCCCCCACUUGAUCCGUAUGAUAAUCGCCCGUAUUAACACGAAGCUGCUGCCGCGAGAAAAAACAACAACAAUACCAACUAAUCGAAAUUAACUCAAGAUGAAAGAAACGUCCCUUCUCGCGAUAACGUUCGGCGGAAUUUCACGAGGAAUUUCAUGAGUCAUGUGCUGAGGUAUGUUUGCAAAUUUUACGCUCACUUUGUGCGCAAACAUUCUUCGGAUUGUUUUUAAUUUCACGCCCGCCGUUUUCGUCGUCGUAGAUGUUCUGCUAUUUACUAUCCUUGCUUUUAGUUUUUUUUUGUAAGUCGUUGUAGAUUAAAGCGCACACUUCUGAAAAAAAAACUUUCGCGUCCAAUUAGAAAUGAUGUAAAACUUGUUGCCGUUUCACACUAACCUUAACACCCUCCCGGGUUUUGAACGGGGGAUGAUUACGUUCAAAACAAGAACAGGAAUGACAGAUUGUCGUUUUUCAAGAAUGUUGAUCAAAGGAUUUUCGUUGAUUGUCGACCCCAAAAAGCGGAAUGUGAAUUGCUUUACAGUUGGUAAUAAAUUGAUCUAAAAAUACGCCGAUUGAGUAAAGGGGGAUGAAUGGA